CAUAAUCCGUGGAUUACAAAAUUAUUUAGUUAUAAGUAACAAUUUGUAAAACCCUCUUUUUUCUUCUCGCCAACAUCUGAGAAAGCAUCCAUCGGCAAGCAUGGAUAUGCGAAGAAGCACACCUUGCUCACGAUGCAGGCAAAGAUUUAUGGCGAAAUCAGUGACCAAAGGUGCAGAUGUUGAAUGCCCUUCAUGCAAACCUAACUAUCUUCCCAUUCCAGCCGAUGAACAAUAUUCUUCGAGCCAGCAGCAGCAGUAUGGGCUACGCAGCCGAAUGAGAUGCUUUUAUAGCCAAAUCAGAGGAAAAGUGCAUCAAAGUACGGUAACUCCUUCCUUAAAUCCCGACCCCUCGGCUUUCAACUCGAUGAAGAUCAGAUCAAGCAAGCGAGCUGUGCUUUGCGGAAUCACUUACAACAACUUGAAGCAGUAUAGACUUAAAGGAACCAUUAACGACGUCAGAAACAUGAGAGAUUUGUUGAUUAACAAUUUCGGGUACCCUGGACAUUUCAUUCGGGUUCUCACCGAAGAGGAGUCGGACCCACGGUUUAUACCGACGAGGAAAAACAUCGAGGAUUCAUUGAGAUGGUUGGUGAGUGACAGCCGGCAGGGAGAUUCGUUGGUGUUUUUCUACUCCGGUCAUGGGUUACGGCAACCGGAUUUUAACAACGAUGAGGAUGAUGGAUUCGAUGAAACUAUAUGUCCGGUUGAUUUCCAAGAAGCGGGGAUGAUAGUGGAUAAUGAUCUUAAUACCCUCAUCGUUCGGCCACUCACCCCUGGCGUUACGCUUCAUGCCAUUGUUGACGCUUGCCAUAGCGGAACCAUUUUAGAUCUUCCCAAAGUUUAUAUGAGUAAAGAGAAAAAAUGGGUAAACAGCAGUCCUCCGUCGGGUGCGGAGAAACGUACAAAUGGUGGAUUAGCUAUUUCUAUUGGUGCUUGUCUUGAUCACCAAGCCGCUGCCGAUACCUCUGCAUUUACCGCCGGCAAGAUGAACGGUGCACUGACCUACAUAUUGGCGGAGAUUCUGAAGAAAUUACCAGGCCCGACGUAUGGAGACUUAUUCGAUUUAAUUAAAGAAACCCUUGAUAACGUUAACCAAUCUAGUUGCCUUGCUAAUACAAGAUUCUUGAGGAGACUCUUCAACUCCAAUUUCUCACAGACACCACUUCUUUCGUCUUCGGCAGAGUUCGACGUUUACAAAAAGCAUUUGUUCCUGUAAACAAAUUAUAUUGCUGCAACAUUAUAUAUGUAUACAUAUAUGUAUGUAUAUAUAUAUCGCUGAUUGAUUCAGAGCCGUGAGAUGUUGGCUGAACAAAGAUCGUUAUUACCCACAAUCAAUAAAAAGGUUGAAGAAAAAUAAAAGGUUGGAUCAUCGUCAUUAGGUGAUCUCUGGAGUGUACCUAAAACAUUUUUAUUAUUAAUGCACUGUGUAUUCUCUCUGUAUGAUGAACAAUGUACAAUGUACAAUGCUUCCAAAUUAAUAAUAAAUGCUUUAAUGUCGUCUGUUGGGUUGAAACA